GCGUCUAAACAAAUCGAAUCCACUCAGACAUCGGUUCACUAUGUAGGUCCGCAGCAAAAGUUGUACACACGGCUCUCUAUCAUAGUCUCGGCAAACACCUUGCAUUUAAUCACUGGCGCAUGCAAAGCUCGACUAGGAGGAACUCCUCAGGAUAUGAUUGUUGCCUAAGGCCCACUUCGUAUUCUCAAUGUUAGGAGGUCAGUCAUCGAUCACGUUCGAACACAUUGAACGCGCAACUGCCUCGUUCUCAUGAAUGAUAUUCAAAAUUCGAGACUGAGACCUAAAAACCGGAAUCUGCGUCUUCUACCUGCUGCACACUGUACUGUGUGUGCGAGCGAGAGAGCGUGCGCUCGCCUUCUCACACUUGAACUGUUAGAAGGUGUGGCUAAGCGAUCGAUACGUUGCGCUUCACAGGGCGCAAGAGCGAGCGAGAUGGCCAGAUUGCGGCAUGUGACGUGCAUCGACAAUGGCUGAGAAAGAGUUGAAUCAGCCAUUGAGCCAAGCGGGCAAACAAUAUGGCUUGGCCAGCACAGCACAUCACAGCAGAGCAGAGCAGGUUGGCCAAAGAGAAAUAGAGGCAAGCAUCGAGCAAGCGAGCAUCGAUUGUUAAAAGCAAGCCCGGCUUGUGAUGGUUGAAAAAAUUAGCACCGAUCGUCGAUCAUUAGCUCGGGAACGGUGGCAACGCAAACAACGCAACGCACUCGAUCGGCGGCCCGAAAUUCCACAACGAAUUUAACGACGGCAACUCGCAAGAUUCCCAAAUAACAUCGGUGAUAGAGUUAUACUCUAUAACAUAAAAUAUACUUUUGAUAACGGCAAAAACAUUCGUGAAAAGAAAAUUGAUUAUUGUGUCUAGUGUGUGCUCAAGUGUGUGAUCCGCAGAUCACAAAUAUUAACAAAUUGAUUACCCAAAGGAUUACUAAAUUCGAAAGCAGCGGUGUAAACCUUGGAAUAUUCUUUUAAAUAUCAGACAUGACCACAUCACAUAUCUUGUCCGCAGUGGAUCCGACAACGGGACUUAAUGGCAAUGUGUCGGCGGCAGGAGGAGCUGGCGGUGGCUCGCCACAGCACGCCACGCACAAUGGACACGGACACGGUGGAAUGUCUGGUGUUGGCGGUGUGGUGGCCAUGGCCUCGGGAGUCAGCGGCGGCGGCGUCGGAGGCAGCGGCAAUGGACAUCGCAUUGCUGGCGGCGCUGGCAGCCCGAAUGAACUGGAUCGCAAUCUGCGUGUCUCGCUGGACGAUCGAGAGCUGUGGCUGCGCUUUCAGAAUCUAACCAACGAGAUGAUCGUCACCAAGAAUGGCAGGCGAAUGUUUCCGGUUGUGAAAAUCAGCGCCUCCGGCUUGGAUCCGGCUGCCAUGUAUACGGUUUUAUUGGAGUUCGUGCAAGUGGACACCCAUCGCUGGAAGUACGUCAACGGAGAAUGGGUUCCCGGCGGCAAGGCAGAAGUUCCUCCCUCCAAUCCAAUAUACGUGCAUCCGGAGUCUCCCAACUUCGGUGCACAUUGGAUGAAGGAGCCAAUCUCAUUUGCAAAGGUCAAGUUGACCAACAAGACCAAUGGAAACGGACAAAUCAUGUUAAAUUCGCUGCAUAAAUACGAACCCCGAGUACAUCUCGUUCGCGUUGGUUCCGAGCAACGUCAUGUGGUCACCUAUCCGUUUCCGGAGACACAGUUCAUAGCUGUGACUGCAUAUCAGAACGAGGAGGUCACCUCGCUCAAGAUCAAGUACAAUCCCUUUGCCAAGGCCUUUCUCGAUGCCAAGGAGCGUCCCGACACGCUCUAUCCUCACGACACCCACUACGGCUGGUUGAUCCCACCGCCCACACACUACACAAGCGCCGCUGCGGUCGCUGCUCCACCACCGCCGCUGCCCAUGAGCCAGAGCCACAGCUUGGUGGCCCCUUCUCCCACAUCCUCCUCCUCCCCGUCCGCCUCCUCGGCUGCUCCUGCGGGUAGCUGUGAUCGCUACGGGCGUUCGCUGUCUACUCGCAGUGCGGCGCCCAAUCGCAGCACACCUUAUAGCCGACCUCGUGUGGUCUCCGCCGGCUCCAAUGGCAGUGCGGGCAAUGCGUCCUCUUCGUCGCCGCAGCCACCGUCGGCUCCACAGACGCCCACUAGUCUGCAAUCCUCGAUUGGCGUUGUCAGCAGCAGCAGCGGCGGCACCAACAGCAGCGCUGGCGGCGUCGCUAGCAUCGUCAGCAACAGCAGCAGUGGCGGUGGCUUCACCAGUUCCUAUUCGCAGUCGAGCUUCAUGCCCGUGGAAGCGUCAACUCCUUCAGUGUUCCCCUACCCGAGCAGCUGGCAGAGCAACAGCUACAAUUGGAGCUCGAGCAGUGUGCCGGGUCCCAUGCCCAUCAACGUCUGCAGUCGCGGCCAAAUCUCCACUCACAAUUCGCCUUCUCCCACAAAUGGUUCGCCAAGCUACACAACGCCCUCGCCUGGCUACACCAUUCAUCACCUGACUCCCCAUAGCCAUCAGUACAACAUGUCGCAGUCGGAUCUUUAUGCCAGUGGAUCGACAGCUGCCUCGAGUUCGCCUCAGACCUAUGUGGCUCCUGCACAUCAAGUCUAUCAUCCCACGCCCACCUCCCCCAGCCAUCAGCUGUACACAAAUGUGCUGAAUGGGCCUACAGCGCUGAGUUAUCCUACCAGUGGCUGGCACAAUGGAUCUGGGGCGGAAUACGGAUUGUAUCAGAAUGCAGCGGCUGCCUAUUAUCAACCGGAGUAUAUACCACUUGAGAUUGGCUAUGCCACACACCCGCUGGAGCCCGUGGACGUCAGCAAAUCGUUGGAGUCACAGCAGCCACAGCAAUCCGCCAUGGAGCACAACUCGGUCAUCACAUUGGAAUGCGCCUCCAGCACGCUAAAGUCUGCUGCUCACCAUCACAACGAGAUCAAAUUGGAAUCCCUGGAGCAGAGCGUGGCCAGUGUCGCAGUCCCAGUGGCCAGUGCUGUGGCCACCGGCGUGCCCACGUCUGUGGUGCAGACAGCGGACACCUGGACACCGCUGACACCACCGCAAAGCACGCUGCAGUGAAGCAGUCAAUCAAUCGAUUGGCUGCCAUCAUCAUCAUCCCACAGCCCUUAGACGCAUGACCAUGAUCCCUAAGCGAAAGCUACUUGACCCCGAUCGCACAAGUUAGUUCUAAAGAAUUCUAUGAUGUAGUUACUCCACUAAGUGUCUGCGCGAGUAUGACAAGUAAUUGUAAAUUUAGCAAAAUGUUUCUUUUUAAACACUUAUUUUAUUGUAAACUUCCAUUGUGGCCUUCCAUUGUAUUUCAAUUAAAUUACUAUAUAAAUACAUACAUUAUUAUUGUACAAACAACAUUCGAUGAAUAUAUUCAACAUAUUUUUAAAUACAGUGAAAUCUUUGUGACCAUACUUCCAAAAGAGUUAAAUAUGUUUGAAAAUCAAACAAGUCUCGCACAAAAGAUUUUCCGGCAGAAGGACGGGUGCGCUUUAUAAAGUUGUCUGCUAAAA